CAGCUGCGCCUGUUUCAUCUGACAUUUCGCUUUUGUGGGACGGUCGUGUAUAGUUGGUUUUUGUGUACUAUUUUUGUGUUUUUGAACAAACGCAGUGCUUUUUUUAUCCCAUAAACGCAAUAUCACGAACAGAAGACAAUACUCCUUAGUGUUACGACAACAAUACAAAUAGAUAUGUGAAGAUAUUCAAAUUAUCAUCAGUUCGAAGUUAGUGAAGUGAAACCUGUAAUCAGAAUUCAGGGUCCUAUUGAAAAUCGGCGAUAAAAUUCAUCGCCCUUGAUACAGAGAAAUGUACAGAAUAAAGAUUAAUUUUAAGCAUGACGAACGAUAGAACGUGAAGGACUUCGCAGAAAGCUAAGAUUCCUAAUCGGUGCUAAUGCGACUGAAGAAGUAAUGACUAAAGUCAAGUGAGUGCAACGUUUAAUGACUUCAUCCAUAUUUCACUUAUCACGAUCGACGGGAACAACGGAACGUACACGUUCUUAUAAAUCAUAAUUCACAUUGUACUCCGCCUGCUACCGUGUCGAAUGUUGAUCGAACCGACGAACAUUUCAGCGUCGACAAUUAGUUCUAAAUUUAGACGGCGUCAUGGACCCAAAACAAAUUUCGACUCUCGCAAAACUUCUGCGAGAUAGCGGCGAUAAAAUUCUCAGUUCCGAGUUCACUUUCACGGUGUCUGGCCAUUUGCUUCGCGCCCUCAACGACUCCUUCACCUUAAUUGCUGACCAAAAUGAAUUAUGCUCGCCGAUGUCAUUCCAAGUGGUCAAGCCAAACAACUCCAAGUCAGGAGUGUUCCGAGACUUGCAGCUCAUUCAUGAUUUUGUGCAAAAAACCUUGGUCUUGUGUGUGACACAUUUCCCCGGUGAAGAUAACUUCGAGGGAACUAUUGAUAUUGGGAAGUUUCACAGUUUGCGGCGGCUCGAAGUUCAGAAGGUCAACGUGAAGCAAAUAAUAGGCAUUCAGCCGAUGCGUGCUCAGCUGCAGCAAAUUGUUUGUGUGCGGAGUUUGGAAAACGUCGAAGAUGUCAUCACGUAUUGCGGGGGUGAUAGGUCGAAUGGGUUCGUUUGGAAUGAGCUUAAAUACGCCGAUUUCAGUUACAACAAUUUGCGGGCGGUAGAUUCGUCUCUAGAGUUUGCACAGUGGCUGCAGAAUUUGAAUCUUAGUCACAAUCAACUGGUUAGCGUGGAUGCGGUCAAAUGGUUGCCGAACUUGAAAAUGUUGGAUUUGAGUUUCAAUCGCCUCGUGCAUGUCCCCACAUUCCACACAGAGGCACCAAGGCGACUGCAAAUUCUAAUUCUGAGCAACAACUUCAUCGAGGAUCUGACGGGUCUUUCUCGCUUAGAUGCUCUGAACGAACUGGACGUUUCGGACAACUGCCUUCUCGACCACUCGUACUUGCUUCCAGUCAGCACCCUAGUAGCUCUUCGCUACCUAAAAUUGAGUGGCAAUCCGUUAGCAUGUCACCCAAAACACCGUCAAAUGACCGCCCGCUAUUUAAAUAAAAAUACAACGAGCACGAAAUUCGUUCUAGACUUCGAAACUCUUAGCAAAAGUGAAAAGGCUGUGGUUGGAGCGAAUUCUAUGCUUUCAUCGCGUCUCACACUAACCACCCGUUCCAGUGGCAUAUCUACACCGAGUCGAGUUUCACAAAAUCAAACUCCAGCCUCAAGCGUUGGAUCAAUUCGCAGUUUUCGUUUCUCAGAAUCGACAACCAGUGAAAUGACCACAUCUGUGACCGAAAGACAAAAGAAGGCAAAAGUACGCACUGUGGAAAUCGAGGACGAAAACCCAUCAAUUCAAGCGGCAACGUACAAGGAGGUUUCUCAACCACAAGUUCCCGAAGGCAAUAAGGAUCAUUUGGAAACAAAGCGGCAAAUCGAUGAAAUGCGCGAGAAAUUCGGAUCCGGUUGGCUGCAAAAUGAAAAUGCUCAUAUGGUGCAAAGUGUGCUGGGGAUAAAGGAAAGUGAAGCAGCACCAACGAGUCGCGUCUCGUCACAACAAUUUAUUGAUGAUAUUCUUGGCAGUAUGACUGCCUCCGCUCUUCCAAAGGAAAGUUCAGAAUCAGAAAAGGAAAUCAAGCGGAGUAGUGCCGCGAAUAUGUUAUCUUCAACUCCGACAUCUAAUAAAUUCGCACAGAAACUGGAAUCGAAUCCAACUUCACCAAUCAAAUCAGGAGAAUCUCCAGUGGCAUCUGAACCGGAGACUGUUUAUGAGAGCGUUGCCACGAAAAGUUCAGAAGAUCCGAAUGAAACGUUUUAUAAAUCAACACAAGAUGACGACGAGGAACCGAAUUUAGAUCACAUUUAUGGCAUUGGAAACGACGAAGCAGAAAUUUCUGAACCUGAUGAAAACGAAGUGACGUACAUUGUGCAUCAAUCUGACUACAACGAUGAAGUGUUUUUGGCAGUUUCAGACACAUACAUUAAGGAAAGAGAUAUUUUAACACGAAGGACAAAAACCAAAUGGAGUUUGAAAAUAUUGGAGAGUUGUGAGAGAAUUAAAGGGGACACCAUUCGUAUCAACUUCGAUACUGUGAAGAAAGACAAGAAAGAACGCAUUUUCACGGUUGAGGAAGGAUUGUGUCAGGAACUAGAGAAAUACCUUCGUGGAAUCCUGUCCAAACGACUUCUUUCCGAAAUGAAUCAGACUCUGUAUAAAUGUAUAAAAUGUUCAAUGCAAUUUUCACGUGAAAAUACUUCUAAAAAAUCCAAUGCUGAUGUCAUAUGUCCCGAGUGCGGUAGUAUAUUCGUUGUUGAAUUACACGAAAGACCUAGUUCUCUAACAAAAAGUGGUUCUCUUCCAAAAUAUGAAGAGCUUCCAGUUGUUGUAAGCAAUAUUACUACCGUGCCUGCACCGCCUCCACCGAAUACAACUACGUCAUCGUCAGUCGUUGCUACUGCAUCAACUUCGGCGGUAGGAAUCGCACCUAAUUCUACUGCGGGACAACAAAGUGCUGGUGAGAAAUAUGUAAUUGAAGAAAGUGCUUCACAUAGCAGUAUAGCACUGCUGAUGAGCGGGGCCUGGAAAUCUUCCACUAACCAUCAUAUAAGUAGUUCUGCAGGAUCUUUAAAUGAGUCGUCAUCUUGUUCGAAAAUCACUCGUUCCGAAAAUUCAUUCGACUCAAAUCGUAGCGUUGCCGGCAGCUCAACCAAUGAUCGUGAUAUGGACUUCAACUUCAACAAGAAUGGUGAAAGUGAUAUCGAAAUAUUAAGUAAUCCAAGCCAGAGUAGCAUUGAAGUCUUAGACCAUGCGUUUUCAAGUCGCAAAACAUCGGAAGAGCGUAGAAUCUCUAGAGUUCCAUCGUUGGAAACAAUCGAGGAUAAUAGCUACACCAGUGCUCCUGGAUUGUCGACACUUGUUAGUAAAGAAACAUCAACAGAUUUCCGUAUAGAAAUCACUAAAGCUCCAGAAACUAGUGAACAUCCUGAUGAUAAUAAGAAAAUUUCUCUAGGCCAUAUUAACUUAACGGAAAGCAGUUCAUCUGGGUCCGUUACAGAUAGUAUAUGUACAGCUUAUGAACAGGACGAUAAGAAUUCGACGGCGGUUAAUUCACCAGACCGUAGAUCGUUGAAAAUGAAAAGUACCUCAAAUGGAAAGGAUUCUAAGAAGGAAGAUUCUAUUAUAUCGUCUAUGUUUGGUGGCCUAUUUCAAUCAACAAACAUUUUAAUGUCACGCUCGCAAAAACAGGAUGAAAUUACUUGUGAUAAAUUCAAAUUCUCCUAUACAGAUUUCAGUGAUGCUGAUCAUCGCUUGAAAUUACAUUUAUUUCAAAACGUUUUUGAAGACUCAAAUGAAAACUUUAAGUGGUUAGUCAAAGGUAAAAUAUUCAGUGAAGUCGGUGGUAAUGUAUUUGAAGGUGUAAUGGUUAUGUCCACAACUCGAUUUUACGUUAUGGAGAUCUAUGGGCCAGAACGCGAUGAUAUUUCAAAAUGGUUGAAACGUGUAGCAAGUGUGAAAGUUGAUCGUAUAGAAUCUGUUGAAUUGCUGCCAUGGAAAAUUGGAUUAUCGUUUACAUUGAAAGGAUUGACAACUUAUUUGAUAUUAUUGCAGGAUAUUUUACGUACAGAUAGUUUGCUGUUAUAUUUUGCAAACAACCCACUACCCGACGACUGCACAUUAGGAUAUCAAAUCUCGCAGAAAAUACUCAAGAAAAUCGCCUAUUUCACAAAUGAAGAACAAUUGAGAAUGGUCUCAAUACUCAACAGAUGCGAGAUAUCAUCAGAUGCCAUACAGAAAACUCUGUCACCAACCGGAUUUUUUGCAAGUGACACCCAUUUAUAUUUAACCACAACGAAUUUUUCGUGGCUUUUUAAUAAUUCAAAUGAUAAUCUAGAAUUAGGACAUGUACAAUUAAUGAGUAAUUUAAUUGAAGUUGACCGUCCGGAAAAGAAUGUUUUCUCAAUGAAUUUUCUCGAUGAGGAUCAAGAUAAAUAUGAAUUGUGGAAAUGUAGUUUUGAAACGGAGGAUAAUGCCGAGAGUUGUUUGAACGCGAUUGGUCAAUCGUGGGAGAAACUUUUCGGUGUGCCUUUAACUAGUAAUUGAAUUGAUAAUUGUUAAGAAAAGUAUAUUGUGGUAUCUAUUAUAGGAUAAAGUAGAUGUUUUUAUAUAUUUAGAUGUUGUGACGUUAUCUAUGUAUCGAGUUUCAAUAUGUUUUCUAAAUUGAAUGUAUUUUUUUAAUUUUUACUUUCUUUUAGUUUAAAAUAAUAUGUAAAUAUUGUAGUUUACUAUGAUUAAGAAAAGACCAUUGCAUUGUGGUAAUCUAUAAUGGACAAAGUUUUCCGUUGAUUCUUUUGGUGCUUAAAUAUUCGGUUCUAAUUAGUGUGAUUUUUUGAGUAGUAUUUAUCUCUCAAGCAGCAAUCAAAUAUAUUAGACGCAUAACCUUGUGCUAUCAUUCUUUUA